UGUUGCACAGAUAGUACCAAUCUAAAGAAGCCUCGCGUGUACUGCAUUCAUCGCUAUCGCACGCUGGGCCGUGCGUUAUAGCAUGCGUGCAUUGCAUUGCAUCCAUAAUGCUUGAAAACGAAGUGCAACUGCCAAGCGCAGCUGAAAUCUCGAAAAUGGCGAAUAAGUCGUUUCAUGUCCCCACGGACGAAGAACUCGCUGACCUGGUGGGCCAGAUGGAUAGUAUUACUAAUAACGCCACCAAGAAGUCCUUAAAAUUCGCAAGAGACAAAUUACUAGGAUUUGCAAAGUAUUCGAACACAAAUUUAGAGAGCGGGCUUGACGAUCCGUCUGAUCUUGAUUCGUUUCUGAGCAAGUUUUACGCCGGGAUUCGAAAAGAGGAUGGGACCAGUUACAAAAAAAGAACUAUGCAGACUCUUAAAUACGGAGUUCAACGACAUUAUUGGACCGAGCACCGCUUGGAUAUUUUAGACAAGGGGAAAUUCCCUCAAUCGAAUCGCACGUUUAAGGCCAUAUUGGUGAGUUUGAAGAAACAGGGAAAAGAUUGUGUUCGGCACAAACCGCGGAUCACCCCAAUGGACAUGCAAAAGAUCCAUAACUCUGAGGAACUGGACAUGACAACACCGAAAGGGUUGCAAAAUAGAGUUUUUGUCGAUAUCAUGACCUAUUUCCGCUACUGUGGUAGGGAGAACGUUCGUGGGAUGAAGCCGGGUGAUUUUACGAUUGAGGUAGACGUCAACAGCGGCCUUUCUUACCUGAACUUGAAGGAGAAAGACUAUCCUCCAACACAGAAUAGUAGAGAAGGUCAAGAUGAAGUGUCAAAGAGUGCCAGUAGCCGGAUGUAUGAAAUUCCGAACAGUACUUCAUGUCCCAUAAGAGCAUUCAAGACUUACGUCAGUAAACUAAGUGUAAACCCAAUUUGCCCCUGGCUCUGGCAAAGACCCAAACCAGAAGCUCCUAAGGAUGGAACUUCUUGGUAUUUCAACAGCCCACUUGGAAUUAACACCAUCGGAAACAAGCUCAAGUCAAUAUCUCGUAAUGCUGGGUGUAGCCAAGCUUACAGUAAUCAACAGUUUCGUGCAACAAUUAGCAGUCCUGUGACCCAGAAUCCUGAGAAACUAUUUCUUAAUUUCUGUAACGUUAUGAGUGGAGGGAGAGCAGCAGCCAGUGUCAUGAGGGCCAUACGAGUUGCCAAGUUCGGAGCGUCGGACGUCAUGAAGGUGGAAUCUGGUUUAGCGAUUCCUGAGCCGUCAUCCAGUCAGGUAUUGGUAAAGGUUGGAGCAGCAGGUGUUAACCCGGUGGAUACCUACAUUAGAUCUGGUAACAGAGCAUCCCUUCCCUCACUCCCAUACACCCCCGGAGCAGAUGCUGCUGGAACUGUGGAAGGGAUAGGACCCAAUGUCAAAAAAUACAAACCUGGUGACAGGGUGUAUGUAUGUAAAUCUGGGCCAGGACUUCCAGGAACCUAUGCAGAAUACACCCUGGUAGAAGAAAAGGAUGUCUUUCAUCUUCCCGCAAAUGUAGACUUCAAGCAAGGAGCCGCACUGGGAGUGCCUUACUUCACUGCUUAUCGAGCUUUAUUCCAAAAAUGCCAUACACAGCCCAGACAUACUGUGCUGAUCCAUGGAGCAAGUGGUUCAGUGGGGAUAGCUGCUUUACAGUUUUGUCGUCAGUAUGGUGUGAAGGUACUCGGCACAGCUGGCUCGGCACAGGGCCUUGAACUAAUCAAGACAGAAGGAGCUCAUCAAGUCUUUAAUCAUAGAGAGGAAGACUAUAUCAAGGAAAUCAUGGCUGCCACUGAUGGCAAAGGAGUAGACGUGAUUGUGGAGAUGCUUGCGAACGUGAAUCUUCAGAAAGACUUGGAGAUGUUGGCCCAAGGAGGCACUGUUGCAAUUGUUGGUUGCCGUGGAAACAUAGAGAUUUCUCCCCGCUUUGUGAUGGCCAAAGAGAGCUCUGUAGUAGGAGUAAUGUUAAUGUCAUCAACGCAAGAGGAGAGAGAGAACCAAGCAGCUGCCGUUCAUGCUGGUAUUAAAGGAGGAUGGAUCAAACCAGUGGUAUACAAGAACUAUCCCCUGGAAGAGGCUCCAGCUGCACAUCGUGAAGUCAUCGAAACCAAGUCAGCCCAAGGCAGGAUUGUACUGGUGCCAUAAUCAUCAUUGGCUCCAUCAUAAUCAUCAUUAUAUUUUUGUAAUCAUCCUUGAUAAUCGUGAUUAUCAUGUUUAUGCAUGAUUGACUUCAAGUGCCAUGAAUAAGAUGAAAUAAAUGAGGCCCUUGAUUUGUUUCCAUGAUCGGAUAUCUUGCCCUCUCUGGAUAUGUUGCAAAGAAUGUUGUGAAUGGGUAGAGGGGGUAGCCCCUCUAAAAAUAAAAAUCUUGAGGAAAAUGAAAACCCUUUACAAGGGGUAGACUAGACAUUUGAAGAAAUAUUAUGGUAGGGGCAUUUUAAUGCUCUUUCCCUUCCGGAUUCAAUUUAUUGAAAAACUUAAGUGAAAAAAGCAGUUUACUUUGAUGAAUAAAUUUGAAAUUUGAUCAUUAUUUUCAGCUAUAGAGCAUGAUUAGUAGAUGGCGUUUGGUCCCAAGUAUGAGUCAAGAGAUUUGACUUUUCUCUUGAUAAAUUGGAAAUGAUGCACAUAAUAUCCCUUUUAUGAUAUAUUAUGAUAUGUUAUGAUCCAGAAUGUUUAAGAUAAUGACAAUUAUUUUGAAAAUGGUAUACUUGACAUAAAUUAUACUGCAACAUUCAUGACUUAUGAGUAUUUCCAGUGGAAUAUAUCCAUACUAUUAAGUUUUAAAGUAAUGAAACAAAAUGGUGUCUUUUUAAUAUAAGUAUGCACAUAACAGAAUUUUUAAAUGCCAUGCCCAUCUCAUACGCUACAGUCAGAGAGAUAUAGCUUGGUACAGUGGAGUGCAGUAUAUUCUUAACAAAGCAUAAGUGAAUAAUUCCACCAAAAAGUAAGACCCAUUGAACUAUGUAGAACGCAAACAAUGUGUGUUUAUAAAGAAAUGAUCAUCAUGCAAAUAAGCAGCUUUGACUUAUGUGCAUGCCAAAGAUUUUGUAUUAUAGAUUAUAUAGUGAGAAAUGUAUGUACUCGCGCUAAUGGCUACAUAACUACAUAAAUGUACUUCAAUUGUAUGUUGAUUUUAAUGUUUUAAAAAGCAGAUUAUCAUUGCCUGUAGUUGUGUGUAUAUAUGUUAUGUGAGGAAUAAUGUAAUACAGGCAAACCUCGUUUUUAAAGAACAGUGUUAAAACACACUCACAUUAUAACAAGUUAAUUUUGCAGGUCCCACUGUUUAAAUUUAUAUUUUAUUGUAUUUUUUGCUCUGAUAAAACAAGGUACGAUAUAACAAGGUAAUAUCUUCAACUCUAAAGAGUCAGUUAUAAUGAGGUUCCACUGUACAUAGAAUCUAUCUUAUAUACAGGAUAAAGCUAAACAAGUUGAACUGCUUUUAAUAAGGGAGGGGUUCAUCUUGCGUGAAUGUGUGAUGACACAACUAUGUUAUGCACGGGUCUUUAAGAUAGAUCCAUUGGAGUAGUACCUCGGUUAUACCACACCAGACUGCCCACAACAAGAAAUGACAUUUCACCAAGUAACUCUGUUAUUGGACAGUUUGGAGUUAGUUUGUUGUCAGUUUGGUAGUGUGAUCGAGGUAUAACAUGGUCUAGAAGCUCAGAUUAAUGUUAUGAAUAGUGUGAAGGUGUUAACAUACACAGACUGGUCUAACAUGAAUGUGUCAGUGUCGACACAGUAGCUAGCUUGAUAAGGCCAAUGACUUAAAUGUAUGGGAAAGGAUUAUCCCUCGAGAUCAGGAUUUAUCUUGUGGCUGGGUCUCUAAUAACAGUAAUCCAACAUGUAAACAUUGUCUGCUGUAUGCUCUCAGAUAAUUGCACUGAAAUCAAAUGCGAAAUUUUUAAAAAUAAAGUUAAUUGUUCUUAUAUCUAA